AACAACUCGAGCACUAGUAUCGUUACAUUCGUGCAUAUGUUGAUUAAGCUGGAAGGCGAUAUUGCAGUCGUAGCGCAGCUACAUAUUUCAUUUAUAAUUAAGCAACAAUGUCUUCAGUUGAGUACCUGAGAGAGUUUGUCAGCGAGCGACUAACUGCAGCUGCUGAAGAAAUAUUUGGAGUUUUUAAGAAAACUAUCAUCGAGUACGAAGAAGUGAUUGAUCGUCAGCGCAGACUGCUGGAUACCGUUUGGAAACCGGAGUUACACAUGACAGAGCUCCCACAGCAACAUGUCUGUACCGAGGAGGUUCUCGCAGACCAGCAGCUCUGUGUUGAGGAGAGGAACUCCAGUCUGGACCAGGAGGACCCAGAGCCUCCACAUAUUAAAGAGGAACAGGAGGAACCCUGCAGCAGUCAGGAGGGAGAGCAGCACGUACUGAAGCAUGAGGAAAGUGACCACAGAGAACCAGAACCAAACAGAGACCACCUGCUCCUCUCUCACAGCUCUCAUGUAGCUGAGAGCCAAGAUCAGGCAAGAGGCAAGCAUGAAGACUCAGGAUCAACUAUAGAUGCAGAGCCAGAAUCGAGUAGUUACCAUCAUAAAAGCAGAAGUCACAAUAUGUACUACCCUAACUUACACUACAUACACCGUAAUACUCAGACAGAUAAACAUUAUUUCCAAUGUGACAUAUGUGGAAAAGUUUUCAAGUAUAAGUCAAGAUUGAAUACACAUGUGACAAUGCAUACAGGUGAGAAGCCAUAUUCUUGCAAAACAUGUGGGAGAGAAUUCAGACUUAAUGGUGACUUAACAGUCCACAUGAGAAGAGCCCAUACUGGUGAGAAGCCGUACUGUUGCAAGACAUGCGGGAAAAGAUUCUGUGAUGCGUCUCAUUUGGCAAGACAUAUAAGACUGCAUACAGACAAGUAACGUCGGAUUUGCAUAAUAUCUUUGAGACCAUUCAGUUUUAGUGGUUAAUUUUCAAUUGUCAGAAUAACAACAAUGAUAUCAAGAUUUUUUGAACUAAACUUGUUUUAACUUCAUGACUAUUAGUUAUGUUUCUGUAGUAACAGUAUUUCUUUUAAACAAUCAGACUCUCUCAAAUCUUUGUUGCACAGUGAGUUCAUAGUUCCUACAAAUGUUUCACCUGUUACAGGUUCAGUGUGUAAGUUUUAGUGGCAUCUAGUGGAGAAGGUUAUGAAUUGCAACCAACGGCUCACUCACCGCCCACCCCUCCCUUUGAAGCGCGUAGAAGAAACUAUGGUGGUCAACACGCUCUGUCGGCUCUGCUAAAUACUACGUGUGAUUUGUCCAAAUGCCACUUUUCUUCUUACUCUUAAAACAGAUUACUGCUACUACUACUACUGCUUCUUUGUAUGUAUUCAAUGUAGUGAUGAAACACGUUCUGUAAAGCAACUUGUCCGCCACUGUAGAAACAUGACUGCACAACGUGGUGACAUCCAUGUAGGGGGGACACAUUUUUAUUUAGAAAUGACUCAUUCUAAGGUAAUAAAAACAUAACAGUUUGUAAGGUCUUUAAACACCACUGAGAAUAGUUGUUUACAUUUUACAUUGCAUUUCUGUCAAUAGAUCCUCCUAAAUAUUACACACUAAACCUUUAAAAAAAAUAUAUAUAUAUAUAUAUAUAUAUAUAUAUAUAUAUACAAUUUUUUUAGACUACCUCAGUUAUAUGAGUGGAUUAUGAACUCUGAUGAUGUUGAAGCUGAGAAACCCUCUCUCUAGUGGUGUUGAGUCACAUGUUGUCAUCAUGCCAACUAUUGUGUUUUUUUGCCUGCAGCAUGUCAUUUGAUUUUAUAAAAUUAUGUAUUUUGUGAUUGGUUCAACUUGAUCAUUUUCAUUGUUUUUAGAGGUGAUGCGCAAACACAAACUGUAGAUGAUAGACUUAAUGGUGCUGUUAGUGAAACAGCCUAAAGGCCACUUCUAGGCUGUAGGAUGCCCACCUCCCAAAAAAAGUAACCACCUGUCACUGUGACACAGACCGCAAGAACUGUGAUUGGUCUGCUUGGUAGCGUCGCAUUUCCUCCUACAUAUUUCCAGCUUGUCCUCCUUCUGCUUCGACCGGUUCAAGGGUCUUGCAUAUCAACUCCUCCAGCACCUUCUCUCAUGUCUCCGUUUUAGUAAUUUCACUAAACUGUUGCUCAACAUUGAUCAGUUCCAACUCCAACAUGAUCCACUCAGUUUCAGUCAGGAUCGUUUGUAGUAGCAUACACCAAGCGUAAUGGCAAUUUUCAAGUUUUCCAAUAUCCUUUUGCCUAGUUACUCCGGCAGGAGUGAAAACUUAUAUAGACACAUUAGAUUUGUGGUUGAGUUUGUUGUUUAUUGCAGUAGCAAGAAGCUGUACAAAGAGAUGAACAUACCAGAACUGUGUGCGCUCGUGCUACCUGUGCCUACCAUUUCCUGUCACCUAUGCUCCUCUGUAUACAACCCUGUACGUCUAAUGACUGCCACCAUGUGUCUGAAAUGCUAAUGCUAACUAUAUCUAAACAAAAUAAAUAUGACAUGCCAACAGUCAAUGUAAAUGGCUCCUACACCAACAAAGAAGAAACUGAACACAGUGGAACAUAGAAACCCCACCGCCAAAAUAGCGUUUACUAGCGUAACGCACAAGUACUGUAUAAAUGCUCACGGCGUAGACUCAACACAGAAGUAUAAAUUGGCCUUAAGCAGUAGUAAUGCAGUUAUUGUGGUCUGUAAGUAGUAGUUUGAUGUUUAUGUUUACCAUGCCGAGCUCAACCUUUUGUUUCUUAGGUGUAUGAAUGCCUGUUUCUGUGUUUGCACAUUGAGAGCAUUUGCUGGCCAAUAAAACUGAUUCAUUUCCAUUUCCAUAAUUGUCAUAAUGGCAACAACAGCCUUUUAAAAUCAUGGGAUAUUUAGUUUGGUGAGGAUUGUGGAGAUCAUCUUAAAAAACAUCAGAGACAGACUUACUGGAUUUAAAAAUUUGAAGCCCAGUACUUAAUGAGGAAAUAAAUUUCAGACCUUUUUUAAGUAAACUGGUGUAGUCCUGUAGUUGGUCUUGGUGUUAUUUAGGUUAUUUAAUUUUUAUUGUUAUAGUUAGUUAUUACUGUGACUAUUCUUUCAUAAAUAGCCUACUUGUGGUAUAUUUACUAUGAUAUGCUGGUGUACUGUAAUUUAGCCUCCUGGCCACUAAUUGGCUAUAUAAUGACUCACAACUUUCCACUCUGGUUGACUCCCUUUCCACCCACGCCCAGAGGUGGACCACUAAGUGUGGGUUUGAAACCGGUUGACAUUCUCCUCUUUGUAAUUUUUUUUACUUUGAGAUGCCCUAAACUAAUAAAGGCAUUUUAACUACA